AACCCUGACAGUUUCAUCACAGCACUUAAGCAAAAUGAGUACUGUGCAUCCAUGCAUCCUCUCGUUUUGAGGAACGGUUUGCUAGCUGCUAUGAGAAGGGGGGGUCAAUGGUAACACAAGAAGAACAUACCAUGUGGCAUGCAUUUGCACAUAAAAAUGUCUUUGUACUGUAUGUCUUUGUAGUUGGAACCACUCGCCCGGCUGGCAGCACACUGAAUUCAAGAUUUCCUAGCCUUUGUAGCCAGUGCUGCUGGUACGACGUAAAGAAGGCCAAAUAUGAACGGAACAUCUUCCAUGAUGAGCCCCAUGAGCCCGAGUCAGAAGAAGGCCAAGGACAAUUUGAUUGGCGCAAUCAAGACCAAGGCAGUGCCAUUGGUGGAACUCAGAUCGCCACCAGCCUUGGGACGAGGAUAUGGGGUUACCUUUGUCCUGAAAGCUGUAGCAGCUGAGCUGGGAGCUCCUCUCCUGGGAGUGGCAACGGCCCUUGAGUGUCAUGACAAGUCCAGCGAUGGACAGGGACAAGCCAUCAAACGAUUGUACUCUGCAACUGUGGCGUCACUCGAGAAGCAUGGGGUGGCUGUUAUUGAUGACUUGGAUUUGGCCUGUGAUCCUCGUUCUGUGCGUCGAUCACGAACUCUUGUUGGCGACAUCAAGGGUUCUGGGGAUAUUUUCAACUGGGAAGUCGCACCAUCACCUGCGAUGCUUCUGAAGGCUUUGAGCGAUGCUGCAAGCUCUGCUGGCGGGGUGAUUGUCUUUUCUUCUGUUGAAGAUGCUCAUUUGGCCUUCAUCAAGGCUCCGUUGACUAUUACCCUGGAAGAGUCAACGGUGGAAGACUAUGCGGCGGUGCUGAAUGCAAUGUCAGCGAAGCAAGUGGAUGCAGAAGCUAUUUAUGCAUUGCAUUCUCAGCUGUCUCCAGCAGACCUCAAAGCCAGUGCAGCGCGAGUACUGUCUAAAGGGGAGAUCUCAACAAAGGCAUUGGUCUCAUCCAUCAGAGAUGAGCUUGUCUCAGUAUCUGCUGUGGCUCCUGAAGAGGUAGAGCCUGUAGAUUUGGCAGAAUUCCCAGGACUUGAGAACAUCAAGGAAGAGUUGGAGCGCAAUGUCCUCUUUCCAUUGGAAAAUCCAGACAAGGCCAAACAGUUUGGUCUGACGCCAAAGCGCGGCGUCUUACUUCACGGACAGCCUGGAACUGGAAAGACCACAGUGGGACGAUGGCUUGCCAACCGCCUGAAGGGCAAAUUCUUCCUGGUACGUGAGAUGAUGGUUCAGGCUGACAUCAUCAAGGUCUUUGCCGCAGCUCAAGCCGCUGCUCCCGCUGUGGUCUUUAUCGAUGAUGCAGACAUUGUCAUUGGUGGCUGGCGACCCCUUGAUGGACAUCGUGGCUCUGACGUUUUCCGAUUCCUACUCGGUCGUAUGGAUGGCUUGACAUCACGUGGCAAACGACAAAGGGAAAAUGGUGACGUGGUGGUGAUCUUGACGGGGCAGAAUGUUCAUUGGAUGGCAGACAUGCUUCUCCGAAGUGGCCGCAUUGAGCUGUGGUUGAAGACCAAACUGCCAGAGCCAAGACAGAAGAGAGAGAUUCUCAAGAAGUACAUCAGGGAAGAUCCAGGAGCUCUGGAGCUCUUGGGAAAGAAUCGUGAAGUGCCGAAUGUCCAAUCUGCAGCUCAGGCCAGUGAUAGCUUUUGUUGCGCGGACCUGCGGCGAGUGGUCAGCGAUGCCAAGAUGCUAGCGGCAUGGGAUCGCUCUUCUCAGAAGACUCCUUUGGAGGGUUCAGUGUACCUGGAAAAGGCUGCAGAACGGGUGCGUAGCAUGCAGGAUGAGGUCAAAUCCACAACAAGAAAUCUCUACGGCUAGGGUAACUGUGGUCAGUCUUCACUUGCACAACCAUGGCAAAAGCCAUUGGAUGCUGCAUUUGAGAUGCAUCAAGAUGGGCUGAAGUGUGGUUGCCAAGACCAAUUCGUGUCGAUUCAAUUUUCGGGUUUGUGUGCAACUGCUGCACAGCAGCCAUGACGGCAUCAAGAUGAUCGCAAUGUCUCUUUCGUUCUUGCACAGCGCGUUUUGUCAGAGUUUCCAUGCCAAACAGAAAGGCAUGAAGAUUGAGGAAAGAAUGGCCUGCUUUCCACAUGUUCCGCUCAACAGCCAGCCUGGAUAGCAUUCUUUCAGGUUUUCUUUGAGGUAGGUGG